GACAUCUCAUAUUAUACCCCAGAUUUCUAGCGCAAUUCUUCAAUUUUCUCAAUCGCGUUCAGCCAAAGAACAUGAAUAUAACUCAUCGCAUUGACGAGGCUUCGUCAUCUCCAUCUUCGUCAACGGUUCCGCAGUGGGUGGAGCAUUUCAAGUAUACACGGUUUGUGGACCCUGAUUUUGGCAACCGGCUCUCCGAAGCGCGUAACCUCAUGCACACGCAAGCACCUCUUACCCCUGUUGUCACUUAUCAAGAGCAAAGAACAGCAGCAGGCUCGAUUGCGUCAGAAGUUGCACACUCAAUGCGUCAGGCCGCGUUGAUUCCGCCUGGCGCGCCAAAACAUGGGUGGGAAAAGGGAUCAUACAGAUCACCUUUUGACUAUCGUAUCGUCGGCUACUCAGGCGGAGACAAAUGCACAGCCUCUGAUAGACUACCCCCGUAUGCUUCACCCGACGUUACGCCUGGAUCUGAUGCCAAGGAGCGUCAUAUCUUUCUCGGCCCUCUCCGGAUAAUCCGCGAAACAGGGUCUGCUCUCUGUCUAGAUGACCGCGAAAGGCUCUUAACCUUUAUUGAUAGCUAUAUGGCGGAAUCUCUGCACACGGUUGUAGAACACGAUGGCAUUCUUCCGAACGUUGUCUACACAAUUGGUAUCCCCAUGACAGACGCCAACUGGGCCAAGUACAAACAACUCCUCGCUGUCUUCGGAUUUGCCAGCGGCAUGGAUGCCAUGCUUGCUGUCGGGUCUGACAAGUUCGACAACUAUACCUAUGUCGUCGAUAGUACGAGUGCAGAGCAUGUGGAGGGUUGGAAGGCUCUAGCGAGUGCGAGUGAGAGAGACCUUGAUAUGGCUAUACUUCCACAAGAGCUAAUACAGAUCUGGAAAGGGAUGUGUGUUGAAGGUGGGGCUGGCUAUCCGGGUACCUCAAAGAAUUUUGAGCAGUAG